AACGUUUGGAACACGCGACACAGCGACAGCUUGGCGAACGGGAGGAGUGUCUGCACUAGACAGCUACGUUGUUGUUGUGAGUAACACAAUAUAACACUUCUGCAAGUACAAGCACUUAAGCAUGUCCAUCGGUGUUCCAAUCAAAGUGCUUCAUGAGGCCGAAGGCCACAUAGUCACAUGUGAAACGAACACGGGAGAAGUGUACCGAGGGAAGCUGAUUGAAGCAGAGGAUAACAUGAACUGCCAGAUGGCAAACAUCACAGUGACCUACAGGGAUGGACGAGUGGCGCAGCUUGAGCAGGUCUACAUCAGAGGCAGCAAGAUCCGCUUUCUUAUUCUUCCUGACAUGCUGAAGAAUGCGCCUAUGCUGAAAAGUAUGAAGAAUAAGAACCAGGCCUCCGGCGCAGGAAGGGGCAAAGCGGCCAUUCUCAAAGCACAAGUGGCAGCCAGAGGCCGGGGAAGAGGUGGAAUGGGAAGAGGGAAUAUUUUCCAGAAAAGACGAUAAUCAUCCUGCUUUUUUGCUUUUUACUGUACAGUAUUUUUUUUGGUUGUUUCAUUGUCUCUUAAUUAUGUCACCAAUGAUCAUUGAUCACCCGCUUGAUCAAUAAAGAAUGUGUUUUUAUUA